GUCAAACGUCAUUCUAAAGAUUUGUACAACGAUAUAUAUUGAUAUAUGUAUGUAUAUGUGUUUAUAUGUAUGCUAUGAAUCUGGUAGGACAGUCCUACUUUUAUUUCAGCUUGGUUUUACCAUAGAACGUCAUAAUUUAGAACAAAUAAGUUUCAAAUGAUAGCAAAAUUUAUCAUGUUAUCGUGGACAAUGAAAAAAAUGUGUAAUCAUAAAUAAUUGAAAUCAUUCGUUAAAGCAGUUUAUUGUAAAGCAGGACAAUUUUCAAACAGAGCACACCAGAAAAUAACCCGACAUCUUCCUGUUAAAAAUAAUGCACACUUCUUAAGGUGGAGUUAAUCAAACGUUUAAAUAUCAAGACUUAUUGUUUGACAGGAGAAAUUAUUCAGGUGUUUGUUAGAUAGAAUGAAUUUUAUAAGAAAAGACUAAGUUCCUGAACUGGAAAUAAGAAAUCUCAUCAAUAUUGACAAAAUAAUUCGUCGUGACUGGAAAGAUAUAAAUCAUAUAUAAAAGGCAUAAAACUCCAUCAAAAUGGGUGUUGAAUUUAAGAAGAAUGACCAAUUGCAAAUGAACAAAUGGAUUGGUGGGAAUAAAAAUUACACACUGCUAUAUAAAGCAACAAGGGAUGGAUGUACGGCAACAGCAUUCCAUAAUAAAUGCAAUAAUAAGGGACCAACUGUUACUAUUUUGUACAAUAUCAACGAUUCCGUUUUUGGUGGGUAUACUUCCAUUAGUUGGAGAAGUGUUGGAGAUUAUCAUACCGAUGCAAGUGCCUUCCUUUUUCGGCUUUACCAGAAUAGAAACUGGAUUCCAGUUAAAAUGCCAUUUAAUGGUAGUAAUUAUACUACCAUUUACGACGAUGCCUCUUAUGGUCCUACUUUCGGUGGUGGACAUGAUCUCAGAACAUUCACAGGCACUGUCAACAGAAGUGGAACGUAUUAUCAAUUGAACGGUGCUACCAACUUUGGUCAUUCAUAUACAAUGAAUGGCGAAACAUAUAAUUCUAUAGCUAAUGGGCAUUUGCAAAUUAAAGAUAUAGAAGUGUAUUUAGUAGAUGACUUACCUGCUGGACCAUCUUUCGAAGUCCCAUGGAGGAAGACCCCAAAAUGGGAUGAGAAGCUACUUAAUGACUUGAAAGAAAAGAUAGAACAAUAUAAACCUCUUCAGGAACUAAAAGUUCCCCAGGCACGUCUUUUAUUGGUUGGACAAGUAGGAGCAGGAAAAUCCAGUUUCUUUAACACCAUCAAUUCAAUCUUUAAAGGAUAUAUAACAAGUCAGGCAUGUAGUGGUAAUGCAGAGCAUAGCGUAACAACUGUUUACCGAAUGUAUCAAAUCAGGAAUUUGACAUCAGGCGAACCACUAAAUUUCAGACUACAUGAUACCAGAGGAAUCGAGGUAGACCAAGGAAUUGAUGCACAUGAAAUGUGUUUCUUAUUGGACGGUCAUAUACCAGAUCGACACCAGUUGAAUCCUUCAGUUCCUCUAUCAACAGACAUUCCAGGAUUUGUAACUAGCCCCCAUCUUUCAGAAAAGAUACACUGUGUCGUGUUUGUCAUAGAUGGCAGCACAGUUGAUGUCAUGCCAGAGAAGGUUAUUGAGAGGAUGAAGACACUUCAGAGUCGCAUGAAUCAACGAGGAGUUCCACAAGUGGUGUUGCUAACAAAGAUAGACAAGAUGUGUGAAACUACGGCUGAAAACCUUUCAAAGGUUUUCUUCAGCUCAGUUAUCCAGGAAACAAUAAACAGAGUAUCACAGAUAAUAGGACUUCCAAGGUCACACAUUCUUCCAAUUAAAAAUUAUGAGUCAGAGAUGGAACUAAAUGAAAACGUAAACAUUCUAACUUUGCUGACAUUACAGCAGAUGUUACAUUUCUCUGAUGACUACAUGUGCAACUACCUUGACCAAAUUGAAGAGGAAAAAAUCCAAAAGCUCAGUAGUAGAGAGUAAAGUAGUUCCUUCUUUACAGUGACAUUUUAAGUUUAAUUGUAAAUCUCAUAGUAUAUUCAAAACAUACCUUUAUGCUAAAAAAUGUAUAACUAAUAGAACUUGUAUUUGUUUUUAUCAAGACUUCAAAUAACUUUUCAUUAUCAUUAACUAACGUGAUCACGGAAAUUUAAGAAGUCUUAUGCACUUAUUUUGUGCUAAAACCAACAUACAUUUCAUUGUUUUAAAUAUAUUUCUGCUUGACCCUAUGUAAUUGAUUAUUACAUUGUGUAAUUGCAUUUGUUUUAGUUUUAUAAAAGAGCUUACAUUUUCAGUACUUCCCAUGUAUUUAUUUAACGAAAUAAAUUGAAUGAAGUGG